AUGUCUCUCAAAGGCAGGGUCGCGCUCGUCACCGGCGGCGCCAAGAAUCUCGGGGCCGAGAUUGCGCGCGAGCUGGCCGCACAGGGCGCCGACCUGGCGCUGCACUACAACUCGGCCAAGUCCGCGGCGGACGCGGACGCGCUGGGCCGGGAGCUGGCGGCGGCGCACCCCGGCGCGCGGGUCAAGUUCUACCAGGCGGACCUGACCACCGAGGCGGCCGUGGAGGCGCUGUUCCGGUCGGCAAAGUCGGACCUGGGCCGGAUCGACAUUGUGGUGAACACGGUGGGCAAGGUGCUGAAGAAGCCGAUCGGGGAUAUUACCGAGGCCGAGUACGACUCGAUGUUUGCCAUCAACUCCAAGGCGGCCUUCUUCAUCCUCAAGGCGGGCAGCAAGUACGUGGAAGACGGGGGCAAGAUUGUCACCAUCGUGACGGCGCUGCUGGCGGCGUUCACGGGCCUGUACACGUCGUACGCCGGGUCCAAGGCGCCGGUCGAGCACUUCACGCGGGGCGUGGCCAAGGAGUUGCAGCCGCGGCUGGUGAGCGUCAACGCGAUCGCACCCGGCCCGAUGGAUACUCAGUCGCCCGAGGCGGUGGCGUUUCACAAGAGCCAGGGCCUGGGCGGGCGGCUGACCGAGGUCAAGGACGUUGCGCCGCUGGUGCGUUUCCUCGUCACCGAGGGCGGCUGGAUCACGGGCCAGACGCUGUUUGCCAACGGUGGCUACACUACCCGAUGA